AUGUCACAGAUCCUCUCCGUCAAUGCAACCGCCCGCGAUGCAUGCAUUGCGGGGGACUUGUCUACUGCCGAUGCACUUUUUACACACGAGAUCGAUGCUGAUGCAAACAAUUACACCUCAUUUCAGGUCAUUGCAUUAUUCGGUGCAGAUCAACAUCAGGAGGCAAUGCAGCUUGUCCGACAGCUGGCUGCAGCUUGUCCGGACGACAAUGUUCUCGCGUAUUGUGUUGUAGAAGCCUAUCUACGUGUUCAACUCGGUAUCCAUGCUUUGAAUGGCUCACGCCACGACGAAGCUGCUGACCACUUCGCUGCUGCUAUUGACUCCAGCGCUUUCUCGUCAGGGUCAGUCAUUGAUUUCAUAUAUGAGGACCUGGUGGUGCUGUUCGGGUUGGACCUCGAGCCGUUGUGGCAAAUUGCAAACCAGAAACGAUGUGAUGCCCUCCUCCGUGCAGGGAGACUCCGAGAAGCCCUCGAAUCACAUCGAUACAUGAUGGAUACGAGUGACGAACCUACGAAGGCCAGCUGCUUUGACUGGUCCACUGCUUUCACCCAAGAAUGCAGAGCGCUCUGUCUUGUCAAUGGAGAUGCAGCGCUCGCUGCAAGUGACUAUGACAGGGCUAUCGAACUAUACUCUGUGGUAAUCGACUUCAAUUCUGCAAAUGACGCUAUUUUUGCAAAUCGCAGUAAAGCGAAGUUGGAAAAAAGGCUAUGGGACGAUGCGCUUCUCGAUGCGCAAAAGGCCAUUGAACUCAACCCUUCGGGUCACAUUGGAUACGAGGUGAAGAAUGCUGCGCUUCAUGGCGCACAGCGCUACGAUGAAGCCAUCGAGGCCUUGCAAAUGAUGAUCUCUAAAUUGGAGAAUGCUACUGACACACAAAUACGAAAGCUGCGCGGACAGUAUGUCAAUAUAUCCGAAGCAGCAAUUGCUAUUCGAAAGGUCAUCGACGUUCAACUUAACGCUGCCCCGCUGCGUCUACUCAACACCGCCACGGGACUCUUAUGUGAUCGAGAGGCGCAGAUUAGCGCCUUCGAAACAAGAACAGAGUACAAGGAGCUUCUGUUAUCGAGUAUGAAGCACCCUGGCCUCGGAACUGAGCACAUCACAGAAGCGGUGGCGAUGUACUUCCGGUGCGCCAUGCUAUCGCAUAGGUGGGAAGGGACAGAGCCUUUGUUGCAUGACAUCAAGGACAAGGUCAUAUACGAGUUGAAGCCAGAUGGUGGUCUCGCAAAGUUGCAGCCAUUCUGCGCAAUUGCUCGUAAGGCGGAGUAUCACUGGGCAUGGAUGGAUUCGUGUUGCAUCGACCAGACGAACAAUGUCGAAGUCCAAACAUCACUGGAUUCCAUGUUUACCUGGUAUCACCAUUCAGAGCUCACGGUUGUCUACCUGUCUGAUGUUCCGCCUUCGUCCACGUCUGGCGCACUGGCAAAGAGCGCUUGGAACACCCGAGGAUGGACCGUCCCCGAAUUACUAGCUCCUAAAGUCAUUCGAUUCUACCAACAGGAUUGGACACCAUAUCUCGACAACAAAGCCCCAAACCACAAAGAAUCCAUUGAGAUCAUGCAUGAAUUAGAGGAUGCGACGGGAAUAGAAGCACGCGCCCUCGUUGCCUUCCAACCGGGGAUGAGAGACGCCCGAGAGAUACUCCAAUGGGCGUCUGUGCGCGUUACCACCAGGCCAGAAGAUAUUGCAUACUCAUUGUUUGGCAUUUUCGGCGUCCGGCUUCCUAUCAAUUAUGGCGAGAAUAAAAAAAAUGCACUCGGGCGGCUCCUGGAGGAGAUUGUGGCUCAGUCCGGCGAUAUUACUGCCCUCGACUGGGUCGGACAACCAUCCACGUUCAAUAGUUGUAUCCCAGCCGACAUUUCGUCAUACGCAGCUCCGCCAUCCACCCUCCCAUCUUUUUCUGAAGAUGAAAUUCAGACAGCGGUCUCGUCGCUGCAACAUACUGUGGCUGUGGAGUUUGCUUUGAUACUUUAUAACCAGCUCGACAAUAUAAGGGCUCCUCGUUUCGCCGACCGCAGACUGCACCUACCUUGCAUUGCAUUCCAUGUCACGGAAAUCAAACAUACAAAAGGCCCAGCCCAAGAGACUCGUUUCACAUAUGGAGUCAAGACAGACGGACUGCACACACUGCUGAUCACCACGACAGAGACGCUGGUUCAGUUCUCGCGAGCAAGACCCACUCGACAGGCAUUCUUACUUGUUCGUCCGUGGGAUCGACGUCUCAUGGAGCAGCCUCACUUCGGAGAGCUUCCUGCCCCUUCAGACGACACGGAAAGCUUGCGGGAUUGGUCCCAGCCCUCGUCUCCGUUAGACGACUCACCUGGCGGUUCUCCUGUAGAACAAGAGCUGGGUGAUCUGGAACAUCACUCACCAGUAUUGCGGUUGAUGGUUCACCUUGGACAGCCGUUCAGCGCGUUUUUACUAGCGCGGCAGCCUGGUGGAGAAUACAAGAGGAUUGCAUCGGAUCACAAUAUCACUGCACAAGUCAAAGAUGUGACUUCUAUUCACAGCGUGACAGGUGUCAGGAUCCUAGAAAUAUUGUAGCUGUAUGUUUUUUUCUCAAGACCGAAGCAGUCUUUCAUUUGUGCCUUGAGGAUACGCAAUUCCCUUCAAAACAGACGUACAUUGGAGACCUUAUUUCUUAUAGUUGAUAUGCUCGGGACUCAAUUUCCGGCGUCUACGAGGUCGGUAUGGACUUAAAUGAAUUGGUGAUUGCAAAAGAG